AUGUCAUUAAGCGGGUCAUUAAGCGGAUCAUUAAGCGGAUCAUACUCAUAUUCUCAAUUAAGGAAGCUGAUCUAUGGUCCGAACAGCCUCACACAGCUUCCGAAAGUGCUUUCAUUGAUCGACGGCAAGCGCUGCAUGAUAAUCUGUGGAAAGAGCAUUAACAAGACAGAUAUACCAACGCGUGUAAAAGAUAUGCUUGGAGAUGGUGUAGUGGAGCACUUCAGCUCAAUGCGCGAGCAUUCUCCGAUCCAAGACAUCAACAAGGUCUUGUCGAUAGUUCGCGAAAAGGAGAUCGACACACUUAUUGCGAUAGGAGGUGGAAGCAGUAUUGACGCCGCCAAGUCGAUUGUGCACUUUUACAAAACUGACAGGGAGGAUAAGAGGGGUUUGGAGAGUGUAGCUAUUCCGACGACACUUUCUGCGUCUGAGUAUACAAUGUACGCAGGCUACACUUCCGAAGAAGGUCAUAAGACAGGUUUAGCAUCAGAGUAUAUGCCGCCAAAAGCUAUCAUCUUGGAUGCAGAGUUGACAAUGCACACACCAGAGCAGCUGUGGCUUAGUAGCGGUAUCAGAGCGUUAGAUCACGCCGUUGAGACUUUGUAUAGACCUAAUGCGUCUUAUCACUUACGCAGAAUGGCGUUGAUAGCAAUCAAAGAUCUUUUCACACUCCUGCCACUGUCGAAGGAGGGCGGUGAAGACAUUCACAUCCGUCAAAAACUUCAGCUGGUGUCUUAUAUGUCUCUCUUUCCUGACAGUAUGGCGGUGGAGGAUUUGCGUCCAUUCGGACCUUCGCACACCCUAGGUCGCAAGAUAGGAUCUAGCUACGGUGUCCCACAUGGCAUAACGAGCUGUAUGACUUUGAGCAGUGUAGUGCGCCUCUACCAAACGCAUUGCAAGGAUGGGGAGGUGCAAAGCAGAUUGAAAGAAGCUGCUGAAAUCACAAGCAGGAAGGGCGAUCUAGAUGCGCAGAUUGAUCAGUUGGUGGGGGAGCUGGGCCUGAGGAGAACAUUGCACGACUACAACAUACCGCUAGAAGAUACAGAUGCGAUUGCGACCAGCAGUUUGAAAGGACUUGGGGAGGUGGGAUUCAGUGAGAGUGAUGUAGCUGGUGCGUUGAGAAGGUUGUAA